AUGCUCACUCCGGUGGCCCGAUCAUCCAAGCAUGCUGUAGCAGCCAUCAACCCAGCAUUCUCUCGAAUUUCUUUGUCCCCUCUCCCUGCCGUUGCCUCACGUCAAGUUGUUGUCCGGUCGAGACGAUCGACUCAGUCUACUCGAGCGGUCUUUACCCUUGCAGAAAAGAGCAGCCGCCGCCAUCUGAUCUCCGAAGGAAGCACAACCACACCCAAGGACGAUGAAGCCACAUCCGUGAGUCCUUCACUCAACGACUCCCCAUUCUACCUGGAAACUGGUUACUCCAUCUUCGCCAAACGUCCCUCCCGAGCGUUCCCUCCCCCAUUCGUCACACUACCUUCCGGAUCAUUCUCUGAUCCUUUGACAACCCACAACCCUGUCCGCGGACGCCGACCGCACGUUAAUGGAGCCCCCGUGAGGGGUAUCACAAACGGGGAUGAUGCCAUCAUCAUUGGCGAUCAGAAUUUCCUAGCCGUUAAUGACGGUGUGGGCGCAUGGGCGCAGAAAGAGCGUGGAAAUGCUGCACUGUGGUCACGGUUGAUUGCACAUUUCUGGGCCGUGGAGGUGGAGAAAACCUUUGUGAACGGAGGAAAAGAUGUCAAAUUGGAGGACCUUAAUCCCAUCCAGAACCUGCAGACCGCAUUCGAAGAAACCAAGGUCGCUACCAGAGGAAAGGCAGAUGCCAUGCUUGAAGGGGAGGGCAUCGAGACGGGCUCAUCUCCCGAAUCCGACGGCACAAAGCCAGAGCCGAAAGAAGCAUGUGAUGGGAAAGAGUCCACUAGUAAUGACAUACUCGGAACCACCACCGCCUCCUCAGCCUUGCUUCACUACAAGCUUUCUGACCCUGAGCUCACACCUGUUGUGCUCGCCACGACUUUGGGUGAUUGCAAGGUCCUGAUCAUCCGCCCAUCCACCUCGAGCGUUCUAUACCAGUCCAAAGAACAAUGGCACUGGUUUGACUGCCCACGACAGCUCGGCACCAAUUCACCCGACACGCCCGUGGGAAACGCCGUGACUGAUGCAGUGCCAGUUGAAACCGACGAUCUCAUCGCCGUCCUGAGUGACGGUGUCACAGAUAAUCUCUGGGAACAUGAGAUAUGCUCGACGCUCUGCGACAGUGUUGCCAAGUGGACCGCCGGCGACGCAGAGGCCAAGGAUGGCAUCGUCUACGUUGCCCGCACUCUGAUGAAUGCUGCUAGGGAGAUUGCCCAAGACCCCAACGCUGAGAGUCCUUACAUGGAACGAGCUCUCGAUGAAGGUCUGCCUGCUGAAGGUGGAAAACUGGAUGACAUUUCGGUGCUUUUGGGUGUGGUGAGGAAGAGAUGA